GUAUUGCAACGAAAGGAAAGCGCUGCACCGUAUUCUUUCUUCCUCACAACCAUCUUUUGUGCACCCGUUGAGCUUUCAUACCUGCUCAACGUUUGUUUUUUGGUGGGAAGGUAAUUCUUCUGUUUGCAAGGAAGCUCACCGGGCGACAACCGCGUCUUUUAGCGCGUUGCAGCAGUUGAGAAGAGAGAGAGAAAGAGGCCUUCCAGGUCACCGUGUGGAACAUCGCAAAGAGGAAGUCUUACCGGACAUCCGCACAUCUAUAUUAUUUAAGCCUUAUAUUAUUACUCGACAAAAUUAACCACAAUGGAAACCUCCUCGCCCAAGACGAAAGAUCCGGUGACCUUGAUGGCCAUGUGGGGCUCGAUGAGGGACUACGACCCGGAGCAGGGGUUCAGCUUUGAGGGCCCAGAGAAGCGCCUGGAGGUGAUUCUGCGAUUCACCCCGGAGACCCACGUGGACGGGCUGCGCAGCCUCGACGACUCCGUCUGGGCCGGCGUCGUCGGCUCCCUGGACGCGCAGAUCGUGUCGAGGCAGGCGAAUGAGUUCAUCAAGAGCUACGUGCUGACCGAGAGCUCCCUCUUUGUGAUGACCAACCGCAUCAUCCUUAUCACGUGCGGUACCACCACCUUGCUGAACAGCAUCCCCAAAAUUCUCGAGGCGAUCAGCGCCGUGCGGGGCGAGCUGGAGUGGGUCUCCUUCAUGCACAAGAACUACUCCUUCCCGUGGGAGCAGAAGGGGCCGCACACCUCCCUCGCGGAUGAGUUCGCCACGCUGAAGCAGCACUUCCCCACCGGCCGGCCCUACAUCUUCGGCCCGGUCGACAGCGAUCACUACUUCCUCUUUUGCUACGACGACAUCAUCCGCCCGUGCAGUUCCGAGGACGACACGCAGCUCAGCAUGACGAUGUACGGCCUCGACAAGGAGCAGACGAAGCACUGGUUCAGCGACCACUUCAUGUCGACCGGCGAGGAGACGGCUGCCAUCCGCGCGGCGACGCACAUCGACCGCGUCGUCGACGACUCGUGGAUGCUGCACGACUUACAGUUUGAGCCGUGCGGGUACAGCGUGAACGCGAUACGCGGCGCAGAGUACCAGACAAUGCACAUCACCCCCGAGGACCACUGCUCCUUUGCGUCCUACGAGACGAACAGCCGGUCGGCCAACUACGCCGAUCGCAUGAAGAAGGUGUUGGGCGUCUUUCGCCCGCAGCGCUUCACCGUCAUCGUUUUCCUCGACCCCGAGAGCCCGGUGGGGAAGGCCUACCAGAACGGGCAGGGGAUCGGGGUGGAGCCGGAGUACUACCCGGCGUACAGCGUGCUGCACCGCACCACGAAUGAGUUCGCCCCUGGCUAUGUGGCGAUGAAGAUUAACUACGUCAUGACAUCUGCGCUGGAGGAAGCGAAGAAGGCGGCGGCGGCGGCCAAGGCGGCGACGGCGGCAGUGUCGAAGAAGACGGAGGUCGCAGCUGCUCCGUCAUAG